UCCGGAAGUCGGCGCCGAGGGCUGUGCUGUGGCUGCUGUCGCUGCCUCGGUUUGCUGUGGUGGACGCGGCGGGACUCUGCGAGUUGAAAGGCUGAGACCGGCCGGGGGGCAGGGCCGGGGUUCCCACCACUCUGCAACAUGGAGAUAAUCCGAAGCAAUUUUAAGAGUAAUCUUCACAAAGUGUACCAGGCCAUAGAGGAGGCGGACUUCUUCGCUAUCGAUGGGGAGUUUUCAGGAAUCAGUGAUGGACCCUCAGUGACCACAUUAACUAAUGGUUUUGACACUCCAGAAGAGAGAUAUCAGAAGCUUAAAAAGCAUUCCAUGGACUUUUUGCUGUUUCAGUUUGGCCUUUGCACUUUUAAGUAUGACCACACAGAUUCAAAGUAUAUAACAAAGUCAUUUAACUUCUACGUUUUUCCCAAGCCCUUCAGUAGAUCUUCACCAGAUGUCAAAUUUGUUUGUCAGAGCUCCAGCAUUGACUUCCUAGCGAGCCAAGGAUUUGAUUUUAAUAAAGUUUUUCGCAAUGGAAUUCCAUAUUUAAAUCAGGAAGAAGAAAGACAGUUGAGAGAGCAAUAUGAUGAAAAGCGUUCUCAGGCUAAUGGUGCUGGGGCACUGGCCUAUGCAUCUCCCAACACCUCACAGUGUCCUGUGACAAUUCCCGAAGAUCAGAAGAAUUUUAUUGAGCAAGUUGUAGCGAAAAUAGAAGACUUACUGCAAAGUGAAGAGAACAAGAAUUUGGAUUUAGAGCCAUGUACCGGGUUCCAAAGGAAGCUAAUUUAUCAAACUGUGAGCUGGAAGUAUCCCAAAGGCAUUCAUGUUGAGACUUUAGAAACUGAAAAGAAGGAGCGAUACAUAGUUGUCAGCAAAGUAGAUGAGGAAGAACGCAAGAGAAGGGAGCAACAGAAACAUGCUAAAGAACAGGAGGAGUUGAAUGAUGCUGUGGGAUUCUCAAGGGUCAUUCAUGCCAUCGCUAAUUCUGGGAAGCUCGUUGUGGGACAUAAUAUGCUCCUGGAUGUCAUGCACACGGUCCACCAGUUCUACUGCCCACUGCCUCCGGACUUGAAUGAGUUUAAAGAGAUGACAACGUGUGUAUUCCCCAGGCUCUUGGAUACUAAAUUGAUGGCCAGCACACAGCCUUUUAAGGAAAUCAUUAACAACACAUCCCUUGCAGAGUUGGAAAAGCGGUUAAAAGAGACACCUUUCAAUCCUCCUAAAGUCGAAAGUGCGGAAGGUUUUCCAAGUUAUGACACAGCUUCUGAGCAGCUCCACGAGGCCGGCUACGAUGCUUACAUCACUGGACUGUGCUUUAUCUCCAUGGCUGAUUACCUAGGUUCUUUUCUUGGUCCGCCAAAAAUUCAUGUGUCUGCCAGAUCAAAACUCAUCGAGCCAUUUUUCAACAAACUGUACCUUAUGAGGAUCCUGGACAUCCCCUAUUUAAACCUGGAAGGGCCAGACUUGCAGCCUAAACGUGACCAUGUUCUCCACGUGACAUUUCCUAAGGAGUGGAAAACCAGCGACCUUUACCAACUCUUCAGUGCCUUUGGUAACAUUCACAUAUCCUGGAUUGAUGACACAUCAGCCUUCGUUUCUCUAAGCCAGCCUGACCUAGUUAAGAUUGCUGUGAAUACCAGCAAAUACGCAGAAAGCUAUCGAAUCCAGACCUAUGCCGAGUAUGUGGGGAAGAAGCGGGAAGAGAAGCAAACCAAGAGGAAAUGGACAGAAGACAGCUGGCAGGAGGUAGAGCAGAAGAGACUGGACACGAAAACAUCGUCCCACGAGUUACAGAACCACGACUUCUGCACCAACAGCUUCUCGGCCACCAGCACCAUGGGAGAGAGGACCGCCAGCCCUGGGGCAGGAGAAGCCUGCUCGGAGGACGGAGCGGCCGGCGAGGAAUCUGAGUGCGAGGCUGAGCCCCUCUACGAGGGACGCAAGAAGGCCAAGAAAUUGAAAAGGAUGAAGAAAGAGCUUCCUCGGGCAGGGAGCUGCAUGGACAGCCCGGCCAAGCUCUUUGAAGUUCCUGACACCUGGUAACGAGGCCUGAGGAGGAGCCGCCAGCAAGCCGGGAAGCCAUGCUGCAUUGUGUUACUAAAGCAUGGUGUGGAAGGGGCAAAACCACGAGUGUCUCCCGUUCUUACUUUGGUGGCUGCUGCUUUAUUUCCCCCCCCUCUCAUUUUUAAUCUAAACUAACUGUGGACACACAUCACAACUGUGGGCGGUCGUGAGCGUGGGCAUUACUGUACUAACCCGUUAAUCAUUUUCUGCUCCCAGGAAGCUUUAUGUGGGUUAGCGCGAGAGUAGAGCCCACUUCUGGUGUCUUGGUCGCAGAUUCAGGCCUGAGCUCUCUUCUGCUUAGGGAGAUGCCAGCCCAUCCCCUCCUGUCCCCAUCUGUGGGGCGGUCAGAGGUCAAGGACAAGGCUCCUGAGAGCCUCCCCUUCCCACCAUGGCUGCCUGAAAACAUCAGUCAGGCUUGAUUCCGAUGGGAAUGGUGCAGGGUCUAACCCCAGGGGAGCCGGCGUGGGCCGGGGCCUAUGGGCAUAUUGAUUACCAUUAUUCUCCUGCCAUGCCAGCUUCUCGUGGGAGCAGCCCAGUGGAAACCUAAUGCUAUUAUAAGUAGGUACUGGGCUGGCUCUGCAGCAUCUUCACUGCUGAUCCUUGCUUGGUGUUUGUGUGUGUGUGUGUGUGUGUGUGUGUGUGUGUGU